AUGGCGACUUUAAACCUCCUCCAUGCCCCUACCCGCCCUGAUGGCGAUUUAAACCUCCUCCAUGCCCCUACCCGCCCUGAUGGCGACUUAAUCCUCCUCCAUGCCCCUACCCGCCCUGAUGGCGAUUUAAACCUCCUCCAUGCCCCUACCCGCCCUGAUGGCGAUUUAAACCUCCUCCAUGCCCCUACCCGCCCUGAUGGCGACUUAAUCCUCCUCCAUGCCCCUACCCGCCCUGAUGGCGACUUAAUCCUCCUCCAUGCCCCUACCCGCCCUGAUGGCGAUUUAAACCUCCUCCAUGCCCCUACCCGCCCUGAUGGCGAUUUAAACCUCCUCCAUGCCCCUACCCGCCCUGAUGACGAUUUAAACCUCCUCCAUGCCCCUACCCGCCCCGAUGGCGAUUUAAACCUCCUCCAUGCCCCUACCCACCCUGAUGGCGAUUUAAACCUCCUCCAUGCCCCUACCCGCCCUGAUGGUGAUUUAAACCUCCUCCAUGCCCCUACUCACCCUGAUGGCGAUUUAAACCUCCUCCAUGCCCCUACCCGCCCUGAUGGCGAUUGA